CAGGGAUCUGGAACCAUGCCUUCAAUUAAGUUGCAGAGCUCAGAUGGAGAGAUAUUUGAAGUUGAUGUUGACAUUGCAAAACAGUCUGUAAAUAUCAAGACCAUGUUGGUAGAUCUGGGAAUGGAUAACAAAGGGGAUGAUGGUCCAGUUCCUCUAUCGAAUGUCAAUGCAGUGAUAUUAAAAAAGGUAAUUCAGUGGCGCACCCACCACAAGGAUGAUCCUCCUCCUCCUCCUGAGGAUGAUGAGAACAAAGAGAAACAAACAGAUGACAUUCCUGUUGGGGACCAAGAAUUCCUGAAAGUUGACCAAGGAACCCUUUUUGAAUUUAUUCUGGAUGCAAACUACUUAGACAUUAAAAGUUUGCUUGAUUUCACAUGCAAGAAUGUUGCAAAUAUGAUCAAGAGGAAAACUCCAGAAGAGAUUCACAAAACAUUCAGUAUGAGGAAUGACUUUACUGAAGAGGAAGAAGCCCAGGUAUGCAAAGAGAACCAGUAG